AUGAAAGUCCGUGUGAUGCAGAUCUGGGGAUUCCUUGUAACUGUGCUGGGCUGGAUAUUCAUCUCAUGUUCUUUAGCCAUGGAUGGCUGGAAGGUGGCUGCUGUUGGGGGCCAGGGUGGCAGCUCUGUUGUCUACAUUACCUGGUAUUGGUCCAGUCUCUGGAAAGCCUGCUCUACUGCAUCUAAUGCUGUUUCCAACUGCUACGACUUUCCUGUGCUGUGGUCUGUGGAGUACCAUGUCCAAAUUGUAAGGGGUCUGCUAAUGGGCGGAGUAGCUGUUGGGAUGCUUGGGUUCGUUUUGAGCAUGGUUGGAAUGGAAUGCACUUACAUAGGGGGCAAGAAGAAGGAAAAAAACAGAACACUCUUCACCGGAAGCCUCUGUCAUAUAAUAAGUGGUGUGUUAGCUGCAGCAGGUUAUGCAGUUUAUGCUUGUCACAUCUCUGCUGAAUUUUUCAACCCAAGUUUUACGUUAAAAUUUGAUUUGGGCACACCAUUGUUCCUGGGAUGGGCUGGAUGUAUAUUUCAAGUAACUGGAGGGAUUGUAUACAUAGUUUCUAUCUAUAAGCUUUGGUCUAUGGACAGGAAGAACCUUGAAGCAAUAGUUCCUGCUGAAGACAGCUUAACCUUGCAGUCCAUUUCAACAAAUCUUUCCAUUGACACCAAGACUACCAGCAGAUCCAAAGUGUCCACUGUGUCUGAACGCUCUGCAAAGUCUGAUGUCUCAGACAAGUCUCACCAUCUUUUUGAGCCUGAUGUUGUUCAACAUGUAAACUCAUGA